UUCCGAAUAACUUGGAUUUUGUCUUGAACCAUACGUUUCUUUAGGCGUUUGGUCAAGUCAACUAAGAAAGAUGGACGAAGAUAAUGCGAAGCAAGUAUUGGUUGAAAGCCAAGAAACAACUGAAGUGUCUGAAGAACGCAACGAGAUCACUUCCCAACAACAAGAGGACGGCAACCAGUUAGCUUCAGGUAAAGACUUAAUUGUUUUUUAAAACUAAGGAGCUUAAGUUUGAUUUGUAGGAUAUGAUUGAACGAAUGAAAGGACGAACCCCUUGUAUGAGUAACACUUUAAUGAAAGAUAUUGAACAACAGACACAGCUGUUAAAGUGACGGAAAGGCGCGAGGCCGGAUCCCUUUUGUGUAAAUGAAAGAUGGUGAAUAAGCUGUAACAAGCAAAUUAUAUCCACUUGGUUAUGAUCACGAUCAUCCUUUUCCGGGAAGUAUUGUAAAAUGAAGACUUGCCCAAAACUUUGCUUGUUUUGAAAAGCGACCGAGGAAGGCUGUCAGUUCGGUUUCUUUUGGUCACGAACAAUCGAACAAGCGAUUCCCUUAAGAGCUGGACACAAGGGAUACGUAUAGUAUCUAUUACUUUAAGGGGUUGUUUUUAUUGAGCCUCUUAUUUUCAAAGUCAAUAGACACUGUUAAGAACCCCAUUAACUCGAACCUGAAUGGAAACAAAAAACAGGUCUAGUUAAGACCAGUUAACAUGGGUUCCAUGAUCCAGUUUACCGGGUCAAUUGAAUAUUGAAAUUGACAUGACGUUUGAUGAUAUUUGACAGUUUACUGAUUUUUGAACUGUUCUGAUCGUUAUAGCACUGUGCAAAUUAUAUUUAUCUCUUAACAACUGUAACACGAUUAUGCAUUCUUAUUCUGAUGAUUUUGAUAUGAAUCAUAAGAUUGGGAAUUAUUAAUGACUGUCAAAUACUUGUUGUGUUCUUUCACUUGUUCAAGCACAACACACAAUGUGAGUGGUUUAAUACUGAUUGUUAUUUUACUGUAAAUUAUGUACUGAAUUUACCGUUUGCUUCAUUUAUAGCGAAAUAUCACUAAAUAUGUAUCUAAAUCAAAGUUAAGUACACCUUGAAUUACCUAAUUACCUAUUGUCAUCCUUUUGCCUCAAAGGUGGUUUUUUGAGCGAUUUAGAAGGAUUUUGAGUUCCCCGUUUAUUGUUCCUUCCUGCGAAGUUUGAAAGCGAAGUGAUGUGAUUUUCUGGGGAAAAAUCGCUCCGGCACUGGAGCUGCUCAAAACAUUGAUUCCAUCAUUGUUCUUCUACUAUUAGGAACAGUAAAUAGUGAACUCAAAGUCAACUAUGUUUACAGUAAAAUAACAAUAGGUUACACACACAGAUUGUAUGGGUUCCCUGUGGUUGAAGGUGCAUUGUGUCGUGGGUCUCUGUUGGGGAGGGGUGGGGGUGGGGUACUCAACCAAUAUUUAGGUAUAGGUGAGCCGCUGAGGGUUGAGACCCUAACCCUGUUUAGGACAAAAAAUUCCUAAAAUACAUACCCUGUUUAGGACAAAGGACAAAAUUCAUGUCAGAGCAAAUCACAUUAUAGUCACUGCCCUUGUAUACUUGGAGUACAGUAGACUCUCUCUUAACGGACACCUCUAUAAGAUGGACACCUCUGUAAAACGGACACUCAGAGUUGGUCCCUGCCUUUCUUUACUCCUUUUAUUGGACUCUCUGUAAGACGGACACCUCUUUAAGACCGACACUUAGUGCCGGUCCCAAAGGUGUCCAUCUUAGAGAGAGUUGACUGCACAAACAAAAUUCAUCUAGCAAAUGAAAUCAAUUGUGCAGACAAUACCCCAUUGACAGACAUACCCUUUUAAGGACACUGACUCACACAAAAUAAUAAAAUAAAUAAAUAAAUAAUUCCCUUAUUUACCCUCGGCAGUAUUUAUAGCACUUAAAUGCUAGUGGGGCCAGGCAAAUGCCUGAAACAAAUAAUCUAAAUCAAACUUGACAGGGUUAAUUAAGAAUCCCAACUGGCCGGAGGCAAACCUGCAGCUGGCUAUUUAUAAGUCAGGUGGCUGAGGAUUUGAACUCAGGACUACCGUGAAAUCCAGCUAGCGGUCAGAACAGGACUUGAACUCAGCUCCUCCUCCCUGUCCAGUGGCACCUCCCCAUAUAGACCAUAUAACAGAGUAACUCCACCCCCCUCCUGAGUGGUGGGUACAUUAUGUCCUUUUGUAUGAAUUUCAAAAGCAGUUGUUUGGCGGCAUACUGAAGAGGAAGCCAUGUCCCUGUUGGCAUUUUACCAUUGUAUUUGCGAUUUUCCCCAUAAUUCUUGUGCAGGUUCAACCUGUUGUUUUGUUAUUUGUUGUCAUUUUAUCUUUCUUAUGUUGCUGUUUAAAAGCCAUGUCGCUUGUCAGAAUUUCAUCCUAAUAGCUGGGCCUCAUUAAAUUCAAAUUGUUGUAGUGUAUGAUUUGGUGAUUUAACCUGUUACUGAUGAGAUGGCAUCCUAAGUGAGUUGCAAAAACCAGAGUUCAAAGGCCGGGUUAAUUUUGAUCAUGAGAAACAAAAUUAAAGUUUCAGUUAUUGGGGAAUGUCAGUUAUCUGAGUCUGAGUUACAGGGUUUGUAUACUGUACAUUAAUUUUGGUGGCUAAGCCAAAGGUUAGAGAGAGUAAUGGAGCGUGCAGGGGCACUUGGAAUAUGUGGGAGAAGCCACUAAUAAUCUAAUUAAGUUAAUCUUAUUAAAUUUAUGUAAUUAAUUAAUCUAGUUGGCAACCUGCGUGGUAGUCAUCAGAGUCAAAGUGAGCUGUAUCACAUCAGUUGAUGGUAUUAAACUCUGAAUAGUGACCUAAUUGGUCAAGUAAGUCGCAGUGUCAUUGGUCGUCUGUCAGUUAGGCCCUUUCUAAUAUUUAAUGUUAGUAAGGGCCUGUUCAUAUUAAGUAAGCCAGGGUUAUCAGGCUGGCUCAGCUUGUAUUAUAUCACAAGGUAGUCUCGCCUGUUUGCUGAGGUCUUGGUUGCUAUUCUUCAAAAAUGUGCAAACUUAUUAUGGAUCCUUCUGAGCUCUUCCAGGAAGGAUUAGAUAUUAGAGCAGCAAUAUUCACCAGGUCUGAAUAUUAAAUUUUAUUCAUUUUUGUAGGUGAUCUGUCAAAAAAUGAUCAGCCAACUACUGAUGAAGAAGUUGGUGGAACAGAUGAAUCUCCUAAGCAGGAAGUGUCACCUGAAGAGAGUGGUGUUCCUGUGCAAGCUGCCCAAAGUAGUGCUACUGUAGAACAGUUGCAAGGUGAACCACAAAACAGCAGUGAUGACAAGAAAACAUCAGAAGUGCAAGAAAUUGGGACACUUGGAAAGCAGCAGCUUGACAAGCAUGAAAAACAAGAAAAUGAUAGCUCAAAUGAACAGCAAGAUUCUGAAGCCCACAAGCAAGAUCAGCAAGACAGCCCUGUCACAGCAACUGAUGAACUGCAAGAGAAUAUAGUUCCCAGACAAGAUCAACAAAACAUCUCUCCAGAUGAGGAACAGCAUGAGACUGCAGCUCCUACUGAAGCUGAGCAAUCUGUAGAAACCGCUGUAGAAAAACAGGAGCAAGACAUUUUAACCCCUGCACAACAACAACAAGAGAACAUGGCUGGGAUAGAACAGCAAGAGGCUGUAGCUCCUACUCAAAAUCAACAAGAAGACACAGCUAGAAAUGAACAGCAAGAAACUUUAGCUGCUACUCAAGAUCAACUAGAAAAAGAACAAAAAGAAAUUUCAUCCACUGCAGAAGAUCAACAAGGUGACGCAGCUGGAAACAAACAGCAAGAAACAGUUACGGUAGCUUCUCUUCAAGAUCAACAAGAAAGCCCAGUUGUAAACGAACAGCAAGAAAUGGUAGCUCCUCUUCAAGAUCAACAAGAGGGCCCAGCUGUGAAUGAACAGCAAGAAACGGUAGCUCCUCCUCAAGAUCAACAAGAAAGCCCAGUUGUAAACGAACAGCAAGAAACAGUAGCUCCUCCUCAAGAUCAACAAGAAACCCCAGCUGUAAACGAACAGCAAGAAACUAUAGCUCCUCCUCAAUUUCAGCAAGCUCAGAUCCCUGUAGAUAAUAAUGAGCAAGUAACGUCAGCACCUACAAAGCAUCAACCUGAAGAAGGGCAAGUGAAUGGGGAGGUAACCAAUGAAAUUCUAUUAAAUGAGACAAGCCUUGGUAGUGAAUCUGUGCUGGCAAGUAGUGGGACUGCAAAGGAGGCACAAGAGCUUGGUGAUGAACCCAACCUUCAUAAGUCCAAAGAAGAUGCCCCAAAAGUAGAAAUAGCAGAGGAGGGUUUGCAGGUAUCCCAGGCUGUGGUUGCACCAGCUGGUGAAAUACAAGAAGAGAACAAGAAACUAAAACAGGAGAUUUUUAUGAUGAGACAACAGGAGGAUGCCUACAGAAUCAAGGUUCUCAGUCUUGAGCAAGAAGUUGGAAAGUUACGAGCAAGAAAAAUGGACAAUAGAAGCCAAGGUGAGUAUCUAGCAUUAGCUGUUCUGAUCAUGCUGCAGGGUAGAGCCCUCAAUCUGCAAGUAGCUUCUGUCAAAAAAGACAGUCCAUGCAAUUGCACACACAUUACAUGAAAGAAAAACAAAAACGAGAUGGCUCUUUUUAUGAUCACCAUUGAAAACAAUUGAGUGGUAAUGACACAUUAAUCUGGGGUCAGUUUCAGUGUUAAGUAACAUUCACCACCGUACCACUCCUGGAAUAAGGGUAUGUUUGUUUAUUUUUGCAUCUUGCUUCUUAGUAAUGUGACUGCUAGAAGAGAGUCAGAAGAACACCUUUAGCAUUAGGCUGGUGGAAUAAGUACACCAGCUAGGGGAGUGUUUAUAGCUCCUGUUUUACAGCUCAUACAUGUAGAGAUUUGAUGCUGCACUUUCAUACCAUUCUCAAUUUUUCCUGAUAAAUAAGGGUUAUGUGAUAAUGUGAACAGGACGGAGAGGGAUUAUUAUUUUACCUUUAUAGCUUGUAUGUUUUGGUUUUGCCAUUUCAAAAUUGUGUUAUCCCCCAGAACUGUUUCUUUCAAAUCUUGGGCUUUGUAUUAAAGUGGGAUGUGAACAAGGGGAUUUGGAUGUGUGUGUGGGGACAGCAGGACACGAGACAAGGUAAUUAGGGACAUCAAUUAUGGGAUGCGGGAACAAUUGUGGGACGGGGACUCGGGAUGUCAAAUAUAGGGACGUUAAUGAUUAUUGCAAAAGUCAGAGGUACAUGCGAUAUCUCUUUGUUCGUGAAAAUCUGUUAUUUAUUGUCAACAUUAGAUUCCAUCAUCCAGAACCACAUUGGACACCUUAUGAUCUUAGCACAAAAUAUUUCCUUAUAUAGGAGUAAGCGCACUGACUAUUGUGAUUAGGGUUAAGCACUAUUAGCAAGCAUUAAUUUUACUGUUAGGUUUGCCACUAAAAAUAUGUAAAACAAAGUAGAAUAUUGUUACAAUAGUUGAAUUCACUUGUGGUGUAGUGUUACAGGCAAUGGUUUGUUGCUAGCACUUUGGAGUUCGCAGUGCGCUUAUGCCACUUAAUUUAGUUUCCUUUUUUUCGUUACCUCUGACUUUUGCAAUAAUCAUUCCCAUCCCCACAUUCAACGCAUCCCUGUAUUUGACAUCCCCGCAUCCCAUACUUAAAGUCCCCAAGUCCUUCACCUCGCUUCCGUAAGUCCCAAGUCCCAAGUCCCCACACACGCGUUACAAUGUCCCCAUCCCACUUUUAUACACAGCCUAAAUUUUGUUAUAUACUGUAGAUGUAUGCAUGUAUGGUGUGUGAAAAGAUUGGCAAUUAUGGCAAUUGGGCAAUUAUGUUUUGUGAUAUUAUGCAUUAAAGGGUCAAUGAAAUGUUUCAUGUUUUCAGAUUCGCUUGCUUCAGAUUCCGACAGUUACCUGAAACAAAAGCUAGCUGAAACUGAGAGGGAACUGGACACCGCUGAAAGAAAGGUUAAGGAUCUGCAGUUAAGAUUAAAGCGAUUUGCCAAAGAUGACCAGCUUAAAGAUGAAAAAAUAUCCCAGAUGGAGAAGGAAGCCAAAGAAAUGUCUGAUCAUGUUAAAAAAUUAGAACAAUCUCUUGCAGACUCUCAAGGAGUAAACAAUAACAAUGCAGCCAUGCAGGCUAGCUCACAGAAAAAUGAUUCCAAAGUUUGUGUUAUUCUAUGAAUUUUAUAGGGUACCAAUGGCAAUAUCCUUAUUUUUUUAUUGUAUAUGAAAUUUUUGCACAAAACUUUCAUUUUUUUUUUUCUGAGAAAAAAAUUAAUAUAUAAUUAGAUAAUGUUUAAUUUAUUCACUAGCAUUUUUGUCAUUUCCGUCAUUUGAGGGAAUGGGUAUAAUUUGUAUCAUAGGCAUUGCAGACAAAGAAGUUUUCAAAAUACUGUACAGCAG